GAAAAAUUAAAGUAUUAACAAGGAAUAAUUCCCUAUUGAUAACAUUAUAAAGUUCGAGAAAAUCUUCAGGAUAGACUGAUUUGAACAAUUUUAUUGUGCUUUUUGUUCCAAAAGAUCGAUGAUUUUCAAAAUCUAAAUUUUUUAGGGAAAAAAUAAAUUCGUCUUAAAAAAAUUCAAAGGAAAAUUGAAAAAAAUAGUCAAAAUGCCACCAAAUCUUGCUGAUAAUUGCAAAAUCAAGGUUGCCGUUCGGGUGCGACCAUACAGUCGAAGAGAACUCGAAUUGGAUAAUGAAAAUGUGAUAGAAAUGAAAGGUCAACAAACAAUUUUGAAACAUCCUGAUAGCUUAGAAAAGAUGGAUAGGAAACAACCAAAAUUUUUCGCAUUUGAUCAUUGCUUUUUCUCAACUGAUCCAAAAGCCCGCAACUUUGCAUCACAAGAUAUUGUUUUCGAUUCAGUCGGUCGAGAUAUCCUGGACAAUGCAUUUCAAGGCUAUAAUGCGUGUAUUUUUGCAUAUGGGCAAACUGGUUCAGGCAAAUCUUAUACGAUGAUGGGAACGGUGGAAAACAAAGGCAUAAUUCCAAGGUUGUGUGACUCCUUGUUUGAGUCAAUAAAUGAGAAACAAACCGAUGAAUUGAGUUUCAAAGUAGAAGUCUCUUAUAUGGAAAUAUAUAAUGAGAAAGUACACGAUUUGCUUGAUCCAAAAACUAAUAAGCAGUCCCUAAAAGUUCGCGAGCACAUUGUUUUAGGACCUUACGUAGAUGGACUUUCUCAAUUAGCUGUGACAUCAUUCGAAGACAUUAAUAACUUAAUGACGGAAGGAAACAAAUCUCGAACUGUUGCAGCUACAAAUAUGAACGCAGAGUCAAGUCGGUCACAUGCAGUUUUCUCCGUAGUUCUUACACAAACAUUGAAAGAUACCAUAUCUGAGGUAACUGGGGAAAAGGUAUCGCGUAUAUCUCUAGUAGAUUUGGCUGGAAGUGAACGUGCGGUGAAAACUGGUGCAGUUGGUGAUCGUCUCAAAGAAGGAUCUAACAUUAACAAAUCACUUACAACACUUGGAUUAGUGAUCUCAAAACUUGCUGAUCAAGCAAGUGGAACGAAAAAUCGAGACAAGUUUGUUCCAUAUAGAGAUUCAGUAUUGACAUGGCUUUUAAAGGACAACUUAGGAGGCAAUUCAAAAACAGUGAUGUUAGCAACAAUUUCGCCAGCUUCUGAUAACUAUGAGGAAACACUUUCAACUCUUCGUUAUGCAGAUCGAGCAAAGAGAAUUGUGAACCAUGCUGUUGUUAAUGAAGAUCCAAAUGCUCGUAUAAUCAGGGAAUUAAGAAUGGAAGUCGAAACUCUGAGAGAAAUGCUGAAACAUGCAACAGCGGGAUCACCAAUGGGAGAUCGAGUAGAUAUUCAUGACAAAUUAGAAGAAAGUGAAAAUUUGAUGAAACAAAUUUCACAAACAUGGGAAGAAAAACUUGUAAAAACCGAAAGAAUUCAAAGUGAGAGACAACAGGCACUUGAAAAGAUGGGAAUAAGUGUUCAAGCAAGAGGAAUUCAGGUUGAAAAAAAUAAAUAUUAUCUUGUGAACUUGAAUGCCGAUCCAUCUCUAAAUGAGCUACUCGUGUAUUAUUUAAAAGAAUAUACUUUAGUUGGUGGACGAGGAGCAAGCACGGAAAAUCAGCCUGAUAUUCAACUUUAUGGUCUGGGAAUUUUACAAGAACAUUGUAUUAUCACUAUUGAAGAAGGUGAUUUAUUUAUGGAGCCAAUUAAAAAUGCACGUUGUUUUGUCAAUGGAUCAAACGUCUCGAAGAAAACGAUACUUCAUCAUGGUGAUCGAAUAUUAUGGGGAAACCAUCACUUCUUUCGAGUUAACUGUCCUCGAUCAUUACAUAAUAAUAUGAAUAUGUCAUCGUCAGAGCCACAAACACCUGCCCAAACAAUCGAUUAUAAUUUUGCUCGAGAAGAGCUAAUGCAAAAUGAAUUAAGCAAUGAUCCAAUUCAAGCGGCUAUUUCGAAGCUGGAAAAACAGCAUGAAGAAGAUAAACAAGUGGCUUUGGAGAAACAGAGACAAGAAUAUGAGCGACAAUUUCAGCAGUUGAGAAAUAUUUUAUCUCCAACUACGCCUUAUGCACCUUACGCUCCUUAUGAUCCCUUAAGAAUGGAGAAAAUGACACCAAAUACACCAACUUCACAAAUGAGAGUCAAAAAAUGGGUCGAAGAACGAGACGAAAUGUUUAAGCGAUCACUUGGACAUUUAAAAACUGACAUUAUGCGUGCAAAUGGAUGUGUUCAAGAAGCAAAUUUUCUUGCUGAAGAAAUGGGAAAACAAACUAAAUUUAGUGUCACAUUACAAAUUCCGCCCGCAAAUUUAAGUCCUAAUCGAAGGCGAGGUGCAUUUGUUAGUGAGCCAGCAAUUCUUGUCCGUCGUUUAUCAGGAAGUCAAGUUUGGAGUAUGGAAAAGCUUGAAAAUAAGUUGAUUGACAUGAGAGAAAUGUAUCAGGAACACAAAGAUCGUUCAUCAUCAGUAACGGUUGAUGAAGAACACACAAAGGAAUGGAUAAAUGAUUUAACUGAUCAGGAUGAGAACAAAAUGAAAUCGGAUCCAUUUUAUGAGUCCCAAGAAAAUCACAAUUUGAUUGGUGUUGCAAAUAUAUUCCUAGAAGCUUUAUUUCAUGACGUGAAGCUGAAUUACCAUACACCCAUUAUAAGUCAACAAGGAGAAGUUGCGGGUCGCUUGCAAGUUGAAAUUGAACGUAUUGCGGGCCAUUUCCCUUCGGAUAGAAUGUGUGAAUCGCAAUCAGAAAGUUCUCAAGAAUCGCGAGAUGACGACGAUUAUGAUAAAGAAAUCGAAUGUCAAAAUCAAGUGACCUGUCGAAUUUCAAUUAAACAAGCUAGUGGACUCCCUCUAUCACUAUCAAACUUUGUAUUUUGUCAAUAUACAUUUUGGGGUCAUCAAGAAGCUGUUGUUCCUGUUGUCAACUCAGAUACUUUAUCAGCAAUCAAUCAAAAUAUGACGUUUAACUUCGAUCACGAAAAAGAUUACACAGUGACUAUUACAGAAGAGUUAAUUGAACAUUGUGCUGAAGGUGCAUUAUCUAUUGAAGUGUGGGGUCAUCGUUCUGUUGGAUUCUCUAAAUCUAAAGGAUGGGAGGUUGAACAACAGCAAGCUAAAGCCAGAUCAUUAGCUGAUCGUUGGGCUGAACUCUCAAGAAAAAUAGAACUUUGGGUAGAAAUUCAAGAGUUGAACGACAAUGGCGAAUAUAUUCCUGUUGAAGUAAUUGAGUCCAAAGAAAUACUAACAGGAGGAGUUUAUCAGCUUCGUCAGGGUCAACAAAGACGUAUUCAAGUACGCGUAGCACCUGUUCAAAACUCAGGAACUUUACCGAUCAUUUGUCAAUCUAUAAUCAGUGUCUUAGUGGGUAGUGUGACCGUCCGAUCAAGAUUACAAAAGCCAAUGGAUUCAUACCAGGAAGAAGAUUUAUCAAUAUUGAGAGAAAAAUGGAAUAAAACAGAGCAUGAAAAGGAACGGGAAAUAAGUCUUGUCAAUCAAUGGGUGUCGUUGACAGAAGAAAGAAAUGCAGUUUUAGUUCCUGCUGCUGGAUCUGGUAUUCCCGGUGCUCCUGCAUCUUGGGAUCCACCACCUGGAAUGGAACCUCACCGACAAAGUAUUACUGAUAAGCUUAAGAAAUUCAGAAUAGUUGGAAGAACGGGAGCCACACACCAUUCCGGAGUGACUUAUGAAGUUGUUUCAAAUAUUCCAAAGGCAUCAGAAGAAUUAGAAGAACGUGAGUCUUUAGCACAAAUUGCAGCAACUGGAGGUGACUGUUCAUCUAGUGAUGGAGAAACAUAUAUUGAAAAAUAUACUCGAGGUGUAUCAGCAGUUGAAAGUAUUUUGGUGCUUGAUCGACUUCGGCAAAGUGUAGCAGUAAAAGAGAUUGAAACAAUACAAAACAAACAACAAAUGUCAAUGCGAAAAACAGCAUCUGUACCCAACUUUUCACAGAUUAUGCGAUUCGAUACAUCAAUGGAGUCAUUAAUUGGAAUUGGACGUUCUGAAUCUUUUGUUGAUUUGAAUAAUUCGGAGCUGACUAGAACGUUGCUUAAUUCGUCAGCUAAUUUCUUUACUAGUUCAGGUGGUAAUGGAAGAAAUCGCCAUAGUUUUAGUGGAAAGUCGUCAACUGAAGAUGGUGCUGUUGCUAAUGUCACUGGAAGUGGAAAACCUUUUGGAAUCGCUUCACCAGCAAACACUAAAAUGACUCAUCGGAUGACAACACUUCAUGAAGAGCCGAUUCAUCAGAAUUUUCUUCCUGAAGAGAGUGAAGAUUCAUUCAGUGAUCCAGAGAUGGAUUAUGAUCAGAACACAAAAAUGAAGUCAAACCCAAACGACUAUUAUGCUGGUGUUCGCAUGAGGUCAUCUCACACAAUCGAUUCAUUUAUGGAUAUUGAGAAGAAAACAACAACUACAUCAACAAACUUAUUAAAUUAUAGAUUUCUGAUUCAAAACCAAAAGUUUCAUGCUCUUAGCCAAUUCCAAAAAGGAGUCCAGGAGAAAUCAACGAAGCUUACAAAGCCAGAUACCGUAAUAGGUUCAUCGCCAAGUAUGAACUCUUCAACUUCGAGUGGUUAUGGAUCACAAGCUGUUUCAAUAAGCAAUUUAGCAAAUGAAGAGAUUCUCUCGCAACAAUCUAUUGCUGCUGCUAAAGAGGAAUAUAUUUCUGAGUUACCACAAUCAACUUCAACAUCUCUUAAGGAUGAGACCGCAAAUUAUCUUCAGAAACGUUUCAACCCUUUUAUGAAGGAAAACUCGGAAAAAAUGAAGAUUGGAAAAACAACUUCUAAAGAUAUCAGCAAAAGAAUUGAAAAAGAAGAAGAUGAAGAGAAUAACAAUAUUGAUGCGCAAAAAGACGGUGAAAUAAACAACAAGGAAAACACAAAAACGAGAACUAUAAAACAACAAGAUAUAAUUCAUAAUGUAACAAGAAGCAACGAUAAUUUGAAAGGAAAUAACAAAACAAUAGAAUCAGAUCAAUCGUUAUCAUUAGUAUCAGCAUCAAAUGAUCAACAUUCAAAAUCUGGUGGUGAGUCAAUUCCCGAAUGGAUCAUAGAAGGUGAAUCUGUUCUAAUACGUCCCUAUAGUACAAGUGGAGUGAUUUCAUUUGUUGGAACAACCCAUUUCCAGAGUGGAAUUUGGGUUGGUGUUGAGUUAGACACUCCUACUGGAAAAAAUGAUGGAACCGUCCAUGAUAUUCAAUAUUUUUCAUGCCGUCCCAAACAUGGAAUUUUCGUAAGAGCCGAUAAAUUGAUUCAAGACAAACGUGGUCGGGGCAUGCGAUCGUAUAAGAUGGCAGAAGCUUUAAAAUCGAAGCCUGAUUCAUCACUUUCCAAUAAUAAGAUUCGCAACGAUAACAACGACAACUUGAGCAAUCAUUAUAAAUGAUCUUAUUGUAGGUGCGCUCAUCACUCUGUAAGAGCUGAGCGAGCGUCACUGACUAAAGCAAGUGAAUGCAAAAGGUUGCGCAAUAUGAUCAUCCAGAGAAAACGACACUGAACUAAUAGAGUUGUUUGUUACUAAGUUAAAUUUUCUUAGGAUUAGAAAAAGAAAGGAAGGUUAAUACCGUCACAGUUUUAAUAAUGAUAAUGUGAUAAACAAAUAGAAAGCUGCAAUGGAAGUGUAGAGCCAAAGCUUUCUUGUCGUUUGCAAUACUUAAAUAUUAUCUAUAAUUUUCUUUUGAAAAGCAGACUAAGAUUUGUAAUGAAAGCAUUCCAAAUAUCCAAGAAUCCAUGUAUUAUUGAUAGAGCAAAAGUCUUACAUAUAUGUUUUAAAUAUUUUUUAUAAGCUUUUUUGAAGAAAAACAAAUAUUAACUAAAAACAGAAGAUAGACUAAUACAUUUUCUCUUAUUUACUUACUUACCUUCAUUUACAAAAUGGAAACAAUGUGUAUAAAGUUCUAAAAUAAAUGAAACUAACAUUCCUUCCCUAAAUCACAAAAAAAUAUCUUAUUAGAUUCUAAGUAGUAGUACUAAUCGUAAUGGUAAGAUUAUUGGGAAAAAGUUAUCUAUUUCUCAAGAUAUACAUAUAAAGCAAAAUUCCUCGUACAUUCAAUUGUUAGUAAGAAAAAAUUGUCACAUUAAAAGAAUUAAAUAUUAAAUAAUAUUUACCAAAGGUUCAAAAAUAUUUUAAUUCUCAAUCUGAGUUUAAACAUCAACAAAUGUCAUUUAUAAUUGUACACAAAUGUAUCCGAUAAAAAUUGAAAAAGUAGUUACAGUUAAAAAAUUAGAGCCGAAUAUUCACUAUCUUGUGAAAAACUAGGUAUUUGUUCAGUUAAGUGCAUUUGAUCAUUUUGAUUUCAAUUUCAUUAACAAAUAAUUGAAAAUCACCCACAUUUUGAGUCUACCUGAAAAGUAUUAGAUAUCUGCCAGAAAAUUACAUGAAGGUUUACAUCAUAUAAAUAUGUCAGAAAUUAAUGUUAAAUUUUUUGAUGUAUUAAUAUUUAGGAUAUGUACAUAAUUUUGAAGCUUCUUAAAGCAUCAACUUGAAGGUUCUUCGUUUUCCUUUACAUUCUGUCAAUAAUUCUAUAUUUGUAGUAUGAAAUUUUCUGAAAUGCGAUAGUUUAAAAUCAAAGAAAAAAUCAAUUUAAGAUUUAUGCAUACUCGAGCUUAUAUUUUAUCUGUAUAGCUCGAUCUUAUGAAUAUAUCUCGUAAAACCAAAAACAAUGUGCAAUAUCUUGCAUUAAUUAUAUUCUUUCUAUUUAAAGACGAGCCUUAAUUCCAAUUUCAAAAAGAAAUAAAAACACCUAGGUAUAUAUCAUUCACAACAAGUCUGAAAUCUUAAGAUUUUUGUAAUUGUAAAUUUAUAAGAGACCGUGAAAAUUUCGUGAAUUUGAUUAAUCAAAUCAAUCGCAAUCGAAAAAAUCCGUAAUCUUUCAGGCUUAAUUAUCUAAUGAAUCUUUACCUUUCUAUUUAUCUAUUCUUAAAUACCACAUUUUUCUUCUAAUUGCAAUCUUUAUUUGUUAAGAGUAAAUAACUAAAAUUUUCAUAUAAUGAAAUGUGGAGAAAUUUUUUUUAGGAUUAUUAAAUUGUCAUCUGCUAUAUUACUUACUUAACCCAAUGCAAUGAAGUUUUUAUUCGAAAAAGAUUCGUCCUUGAUCUGAUGACAUGUAGAAUAACUUUAGUUGAUAAAGUUAAUUGUGUCAUCAAUUUCAUUCCUUUGAUAAAUAUGCGCGCAACAUUUUCCAAGUUUUCGCACAGUAUUCAACAAUUUCUUAGAAAAGAAUGGCAGAGAUCUUGUUAGAAAUAAAUUUAUUUAAUAUUUAAGCAAUAUGUUGACAUAUAUGUUUAUUAGAUAUUGAUUAUUACUUAGGAAUGAUCGUGGAUGAGUUUCAUCUCUUAAUUUAUUCACCAGGGACUGUGUCUUCUAAACGUCUUAUGAAUUUGACACGGACUUCCGUUGUUGAGUCUCCUUUUAUUUGAUCUUGAGUGAACCAACACUGAACUUCUAGUUGCACCAUUUCUAAUGCACCACGAAUGCAACCAUUGAUGAUGCCAUUAUAGCGAAGAUUCAUCAUAUCAGCUGGUAGUUCAACAAAUUCUGUUAGAGGAUUGUUAUCAAAGACAAGAGAGAAUUCGUCACCCGAUGCUGCCCAAUUUGUAAUAGUUGGUUGAAUAUUCAGAUACAUCCUGAAUGCUGAUUGAAUCUUAUCGGCUGGGUCUCUCAUAUCAAGACAUCUUGACGAAUUUGUUUUAGAAAGGAAAUCUUCAAUGAUUCGCAUUCCCAUGUUAUAUCCCAAUCUUUCUAACUGCUUGUUCACAUCUUCAACAUUUUCAAAGUCACGAAGCAUUUGAGUGACAAGAGCUCCAUAAGUCAAGGUCAAUAGUUCUGAAUUGACUUUCUUCGAGUCCAAUUUCGA